CAUCACUGCGAUGAUGCGCUGCGCGUUCUCCGUCACUGGAUCGUAAGCGCACGCCACUGAUUCUGCGGUAAAGAUGGCGGCGGCGGAGGGGGCGCGCAGCGGCUGGAGCAGAACGAAACGACCCCAAACGGGUCCGCUUUAAAACAAACAGUCCGUGGGGGCCAGAGGAUCGUACAUUCCCGUUCAACGCAGCUGCUCGUCCGGCGCCGUUUUGCAGAACUUGACGAUUUGUUUGUGAGCCGUUAGGUGGUGGGUGGGUUCUCACACAUACACACACACAGAGUGCUAAGCUAACUAGCGGACCUCGGUCCGGUCCGGUAGAGGAGGGGUGAUCGAGAAGAGGGAGACCAUCAUCCCGAGCGGAACAGACCGUCGUACCGCGGUAUCGUUGGGGGAUGUGAGCGAUCCAAACGGACGGCGGGUCUUUCCACGGAUCUGUGUUAUUUGCCCACCCAGAACACUCGCAGGAUGGGACAACAGGUAGGCCGCGUGGGAGAAGCGGCUUCCGCGGGUAUACAGACCCCACCGCAGGGACAACAGCAGCUGCAGCAGCAGGUUAAAGCGAACCGAGCCGGCGGCUCCGGGAGGAGACCGCAAGACUGCGGCAUCCCCGGUACUCCACCGGGCAGAACCGCUGCUUCUGCCGCCGCUGCUGCUGCUAUCAUGUCGGAUCCUGCGGUUAAUAUCUUCACCCGGCACUCAGAAGCAUUGCACAGGCCCUUCGGAUUGGACUCGUCUGCGCUGACCGAGGCGGUACGCUGGAGCUCCAAAGAGAAUCUGCUAGGUGCUGCUGAGAGCGACCCGAACCUAUUCGUCGCGCUUUAUGACUUCGUUGCCAGCGGUGACAACACGCUGAGCAUCACCAAAGGAGAAAAGCUGCGUGUGUUGGGCUACAACCAGAAUGGCGAAUGGAGCGAGGUGCGUUCGAAAAACGGUCAGGGUUGGGUGCCCAGUAACUACAUCACUCCUGUGAACAGCCUGGAGAAGCACAGCUGGUAUCAUGGGCCCGUGUCCCGCAGCGCGGCCGAGUACCUGCUCAGCAGUUUGAUCAACGGCAGCUUCCUGGUUAGGGAGAGCGAGAGCAGUCCGGGACAGCUGUCUAUCUCGCUGCGCUACGAGGGGCGGGUCUAUCACUACCGGAUCAACACGGCUUCUGAUGGAAAGGUCUACGUAACGGCCGAGAGUCGCUUCAGCACGUUGGCCGAGCUGGUUCAUCAUCAUUCCACAGUGGCGGAUGGUCUCGUUACCACACUGCACUAUCCCGCCCCAAAAUGCAACAAGCCCACGGUCUACGGGGUCUCGCCAAUCCACGACAAGUGGGAGAUGGAACGCACAGACAUCACCAUGAAGCACAAGCUGGGUGGAGGGCAGUACGGAGAGGUUUAUGUCGGAGUUUGGAAAAAGUACAACCUCACCGUUGCCGUUAAAACACUAAAGGAGGACACCAUGGAAGUUGAGGAGUUUUUGAAAGAGGCUGCGGUCAUGAAGGAGGUGAAACAUCCCAAUUUAGUGCAGUUACUUGGUGUCUGUACAUUGGAGCCUCCGUUUUACAUUGUUACUGAGUACAUGCCACACGGUAACCUGCUGGACUACCUGCGCGAGUGUGACAAGGAGCAGGUGAACGCUGUGGUGCUACUCUACAUGGCAACUCAGAUCUCAUCCGCCAUGGAGUAUCUAGAGAAGAAAAACUUCAUCCACAGAGACUUGGCGGCUCGUAAUUGUCUGGUUGGCGAGAAUCACGUGGUCAAAGUGGCUGAUUUUGGACUCAGCCGACUGAUGACAGGCGACACCUACACCGCUCAUGCAGGAGCCAAAUUCCCCAUCAAAUGGACGGCACCGGAGAGUCUGGCCUACAACACUUUCUCCAUCAAAUCGGACGUGUGGGCAUUUGGAGUGUUACUGUGGGAGAUCGCGACGUACGGCAUGUCUCCAUACCCAGGAAUUGACCUUUCUCAGGUCUACGACUUACUGGAGAAGGGCUACCGUAUGGAGCAGCCCGAGGGUUGUCCUCCUAAAGUGUAUGAGCUCAUGAGGGCCUGUUGGCAGUGGAGUCCAUUGGAUCGGCCCUCAUUUGCAGAGAUACACCAAGCCUUUGAGACCAUGUUUCAUGACUCGAGCAUUUCAGAAGAGGUGGCAGAAGAGCUGUGUAAAACUGCCUCCGGUGGGCAUUCCUUCGGCCACGAUAUGCCACUCUUGCCCUCGAAGUCUCGUGGGCAGAAGAAGCACUCGGAGAACAAAGAGAACAUGGAUGAGUCGGGACCCCACGGCCCUGCAGGUCUUGCAUCAUCACUGUUUGCUGGAGAUGGACGAUCCAGCAGCUCUCCGGCCCUGCCACGUAAACAGAGGGAUAAAUCUCCCUCUAGCCUUUUGGAAGACUCCCAGGACACCACAUUUACCCGUGACCGCAAAGCUGGCUUUUUCAGUUCUUUCAUGAAGAAGAAAUCUAUAUCCUCUUCCUCCACCUCUUCUUCACCUCAGCAGCAACAGAACCUCCCCAUGCCUCCCAAGAGAAGCAGCUCUUUCCGGGAGAUGGAGACCCAACCUCAUAAAAAGUAUGAACCCACAGCAGGGUUUGGGGGCCCUCCUCCACCACUGCCUCAGACCGAUGGGUUAAAUUUUUCUCCAUCCCAUGGAGAGGGAAACCAUGUGCAGUCUCGCUGCUGUGGAGCCACAUUUGGGCAGAAGCCCUCCGGUUCCAACUCUAGUGCAACUUCGGGUCAAGUGGGAGGUAGCAGUAGUUGGGGAAGCUUAGCGGGCUUUUUUACCCCUCGCCUUAUCAAAAAGACCUUGGGAUUGCGGACAGGUAAGCCCUCUGGUGUAGACGAAGGGUGUGGAAACAAGCCUUUUCCCCGUUCCAAUUCAACUUCAUCGAUGUCUGCCGGAUUGCCGGACUUGGAACGAAUGGCAUUGACGUUACCCAGAAACCGCAGCAAACCUCCAUUAGAACGCACGGCUUCCACCACAUCACAGCCGGAGAACGGGGCGCCACGACCUUCGGACGCAAUCCUGAGGAAGCUCGACGAAGGUACGGCUCAGAUACGGGAUCGUCCCAAAGCUAAACUCUUGCCACGAGGGGUGACCGGUGGGGCAGGUGGAGUUAGAGCUCCAGGGGUAGGGGGAGAGGCCGAUUCGAAGGAAGGACACGACGAUCGACCCGGCUGGUCAUCUCCAUCGAAAACCUCCACACUUGGGUCAGUCAAUGUGCACAAUCACAAAGUUCCAGUGCUCAUCUCACCCACCCUAAAGCACAGCUCGGCUGAAGCACACCUAGUCGGCGUGGACUCUCAGGGCAACCGAUUUAAACUGCUCUCCGACAGCAUAGAUCGCGAUCGCCCACGGCUGGUGAAGCCCAAAUGCGCGCCACCUCCCCCACCCAUGCUCCGCUCCCUUCAGCACGCCUACAGUGCCGACGCAGCCGAUGAAGCGGUCCGGUCGACGGAGGUUGUUGAGGUCAACGGAGAUGGGCUCAAAAGGUCAGGGAGGGAAACGAGAGGGGCACGUCCAUCCAUACCACCGCCCCAAGUGCCUCCAACCCCCACAGUUCCCACCCAGACUAAAAUGGCCAACGGUGCUUCUGGCGGACCUGGCCCUACUUCCGCCAAACCCACCCUUAGACGGACUCGACAGCAGGCAGAACGGAUCCCCCUGGAGAAGAUUAGCAAGGAGGCUCUUUUGGAAUGUGCCGAAUGCUUGAGUAGUGCCAUUCAAGGCAACACCGAGCUCUCCUCCAGCAGCCAAGUCCUGGAUGUGGGACACCAGCUUUUGGACUACUGCUCUGGGUAUGUUGACUGCAUCCCACAGACACGUAAUAAAUUCGCUUUUCGUGAAGCGGUGGGUAAACUGGAGUUAAGUCUGCAGGAGCUUCGUGCUUCCUCUACAGGAGGAGGAGCAGGAUUAGGGGGACCUGGGAGUAGCCCUGCCCUUGAUAACUUGCACACCUGCAUUAGAGAGAUCAGUGAUGUAGUGCAAAGGUAGCCUCUGGGUCCACUGUAACUCCCAUCUCCAGACGUUAUUUCCCCAAAAUCAAUCUAGUUUUAUUUGGGGGACAGAGAAGAAUCUCUCAGAAGUACCUCAGAAAUGACUACAAAUGCUCUCUCCAUUUAUUGUUUACAGGUGACUUUCUCUUUGAAAAUGCCAGUUGGGAUCAGAGUUCUUUGUAUACAAGCUUUUUGUCACAGUUUUUUUUUUUUUUUUGGCCAUUUACUUUUUAACUAAUAAUUACUUUUUUCACAUUUUCACAGACAGGGAGUUAGGGUUAGGUAAGACUAACUGAAUUAAUAGAGAACAUUAAGAGAUUUCUGCCCACUGUCUGGAUGUAUCGGAUUUACAAUAACUGGAUACUGUGUCAAUGCAAAAAAUUGCCUGAUUUUUAAUACAUGAAUUGUUUUUGGAUUUUAAAUGAUAUUGCCUGUUCAGAGCAUACAGUAACAAUGAAUGUGGCACACAAACACAGCUCUAAUGCACAUUUGUUUGGUUUUUACACAUCUCAUACUGUCAUUUUUAUUUGAUUUAUUAACACUAAAGUAUUUAAUAACCAUUGGUGGUUUUGUAGAUCUUUUUUGGAGGUCUGGGCAUUCUUUGUUAUUAGUGUUUUACUGUGUUAUUGUGAAGAUGGUCUGGGGUCAGUCAUCACAUGGAUUACAUUUGGCCUUUGUAUAUCUGUGGCCUUUUUGUUUUUUUGCCCCAAGCAGCCAGAUAAAACAAAUCCAAACCCAGCUGUUUCUACACUACAAAAAAUGAUUUUCAAGAAAAAAAUCU